AAGAAGAAACGUCUCUCGUCUUGUGAAGCUUUAGGGAGUCUGCUUUUUGUUGCUUCAAAGUAUUGAUUUUCGUUUUGUACUCCUUGUUUGUUGUUGCCUUCCAGGAUAGCUCCUUACCCGUCUGGAAACUAUGCUGCUACUUCUUGACUUGUCCUGAUUUUUUGCUUAUUUAACUUCCAGCUUCCCUCUCUUGCAGUAGCUGUUCCAUUGGAGCAUUCGUGAUCAAGCAUCAUGAACAAACUAAUGCUGCCCCUCACCUACAUUUUACUCCUGUUGAUGAUCCAGACCGAUGAUAAGUCAUCUUCUAGUUAUGCAUCCCCUGCCGGUGGGAACAUGCGAUUGAAGUUGAUACACUCGCAAGCAUAUGCUCUGAAGUCUACUUAUGACCAGAUGGAGCGCAUCAAGGAGCUUGUUCAUAGCGACAUUGUUCGUCGGGGUACCAUGUUCAGUAAGCACCAUCAGAGCACGAGGAGGAAGGCGUGGGAAAAGCCAAGAACCCGAACCAAUUGCAGUGACGUCUCCAUAGAAAUGCCCAUUUCCUCAGGUCGGGAUUACGGAACAGGCCAGUACUUCGUGGAAGUGAAAGUUGGGACGCCCCCUCAGAAGAUGUUGCUGAUUGCAGAUACCGGCAGCGAAUUGACCUGGAUGAGCUGCAAGCGCCGCAACCGGAGAAGAGGAUUUCGGCCAACUCGAUCCUCAACCUUCAAAACUGUUCCUUGCUCGUCUCGCACUUGUAAGAUUGACUUCGCGGAUCUCUUCUCGCUUGCUCGGUGCCCCACCCCAUCCACACCCUGUUCCUAUGAUUACAGAUACUCAGACGGGUCAGGUGCGUUGGGGAUCUUUGCACGAGAGACAGUAACGGCAGAAAUCACAAAUGGAAAGGGGAGGGCUACCAAGGUGGAAGAUGUGGUGGUUGGAUGUACCCUGACCGUCCAAGGUCAGAGCUUCCAGGGAGCCGACGGGGUGUUGGGCUUGGCAUACAGCAACUACUCCUUUGCGACCAGGGCUUCUAACAUGUUCGGCGGAACCUUCUCGUAUUGCCUUGUUGAUCAUCUAAGCCACAAGUACCUCUCCAAUUAUCUCACUUUUGGAGGUGUGGGCGUUGCGAGCCAUUCACCGUUGCUUUCACAUAUGCAUUACACCAAGCUUGAUCUGGCCACCCUCAGCCCCUUCUAUGCGGUGAAUGUGAAGGGCAUCUCCAUCAACGGAGCAUUGCUAAAGAUUCCCUCCUUGAUAUGGGCAGCCAAUCGGGGCGGCGGAACGAUCAUUGAUUCAGGUACAAGCCUGACGUUUCUAACGGAGCCGGCUUACAGGCCUGUCGUGGGUGCUCUACGAUGGGCACUGUCCAAGAGACUUGAAAGGACGAGGUUGGAUGGAGGAGGGCCUUUGGAAUACUGCUACAAGUAUAACAGCACAAGCUCCAGGUUAAGGUUCGAGGAAACGUGGGUGCCGAGACUGGCAUUUCAUUUUAGUGAUGGUGCUCGGUUCGAGCCUCCAGUGAAAAGCUACGUGAUCGACGCGGCUCCAGGGGUGAAAUGUCUGGGGUUCGUGUCGGCGAUGUGGCCCGGCGUCUCAGUGAUUGGCAACAUCAUGCAACAAAAUCAUGUCUGGGAGUUCAACCUGGUCCAAAGCGUGUUGGGUUAUGCACCCUCCACUUGCACCUCCAGAUGAAUGUAUUCAUGAUUUUGUACUUAGCCUCACACUUACUCUGCCACUCCUCUGUUUUACACACUUGGCGUUUCAUAUACAUACAUCACAUACUACUCAAA